UCCGGGCGGGUGUGGUAGCAACCCCGAGGCCCACGGGACUGGACGCCCGAAGCGCGCUGUUCGGGGCGAGGCCGCGGGCUGGGAGUCACAUCCGGCGGGGGCGGGACUCGCGGAUCCCGGAAGUGCGGGCGCAGCUGCAGAGAGUCCGCGGUGGCGGCGCCCGGCAGGCUGUUUCUGAACUGCCUGUGAACAGGUCUGGGAAGACAAAGGAAAAGAUGGAGACACUGAAAGACAGGACUCUGCAGGAGUUGGAGGAGUUGCAGAAUGACCUAGAAGCCAUCGGCCGACUGGCCCUGGAGUCCCCUGAGGUCCAGGACCUGCAGCUCGAACGAGAGAUGGCACUGGCCACCAACCGGAGCCUGGCCGAGCAGAACCUGGAGUUCCAGGGUCCCCUGGAGAUCAGCCGCUCCAACCUCUCAGACAAAUACCAGGAACUGCGGAAGCUUGUGGAGCGGUGCCAGGAGCAGAAGGCCAAGCUGGAGAAAUUUUCUUCAGCACUGCAGCCGGGGACCUUGUUGGACCUUUUGCAGAUUGAAGGCAUGAAGAUUGAGGAGGAGUCUGAGGCCAUGGCUGAGAAGUUCCUGGAGGGUCAGGUGCCCUUGGAAACCUUCCUAGAGGCCUUUUCCUCCAUGAGGACUCUGUCCCACCUGCGCCGGGUCCGCGUGGAAAAGCUCCAGGAUGUGGUGAGGAGGCCCCACGCUUCGCAGGAGCUGACCGGCGAUGCCCCUCCACCACGCCCACCGCCUCCCCGCCCAGCACCCCAGGCGAUACCUCCUGUGGCCGAAGAGCAGCCACCAAAGCCCUCUGUCAUCCCUCCCUACCCUUUGCCCUACAGCCCAACCCCAGGCCUACCUGUAGGUCCCACAGCCCAAGGAGCCCUGCAGCCAGCUCCCUUCCCCAUGGUGGCCCAGCCUUCUUCCUAUGGUGGGCCUCUGGGUCCCCCUUACCCAUCAUCUCAACCAGGACCCAGGGCUGCUGCGGGUUACUCCUGGUCCCCACAGAGGAGUGUGCCAUCCCGGCCUGGCUAUCCUGUAACCCCAACUGGUGCCUCUGGUCCAGGAUACCCCUUGGCAGGAGGCCGAGCCCCUAGUCCUGGUUAUCCCCAACAGUCCCCCUACCUCCCAACAGCAGUAAAACCUCCGUACCCAACACAACCCCAGCUCCCAGGCUUCCCAGGACAACCACAUCCCUCACAGCCCCCAUACCCUCCCGGGCCAGUCCCUCCCUCUGGCUUUCCCCCUCUGGGACCCGCCUGGCCUAGGUAUUAGCCCGGAUCUCUGCCCACCUGAGACCUUCCACCUGUACCACAGCCCUUGGCCGACCAUCACUGAGAUUCGAGGUUACACUGGAAGUGGAGCUUGUACUCUGCAGACUUCGGGGAGCGGUACCACACAGAAGCCUUGAACAUCUUGCCAGGAGCACACAGGCCCCCUGAAAGGUCCUGGGCAGUGCAGUGUGGGUCCUUCUGGGAGCUGUUCCUGCCAGGACUGGCUCAGUGCAUCCUGAGUUGGUCUGGUGGGAGCCCAGGGCUCUCUGGUGUCUGCAUGAGCAUGCAUGUGCAUGUUUGUGCACAACUACCUUGCUUGCUCCCGGGACAUCUGAACCAGUGAAGAGUGAUCUUGGUGACAAAGUGGCCCUGGGUCUUGGGCCCCUGCCUGCCCGGCCUCUCUCUUGGAACUUGGUGUAUUUGAUGCAUAGCCACAUGCCAAGAGAUAUAGCUCUGUGUCUAUCCAUUUAAGGACUGUCUGUCCCACUGGAUCGAAGGAGAGAACAGAGUUAGGAAAAAUAGGGACUUUGAGUCCUAAAAGCCAUAAUUUAAUUCUGCUGGGCCAAUGUCAGGCAAGUAUGUCCUAUGUGCUGGUUUGAACCACAGCAGCACCAGUGUGGUGAGAGCUUGGGAGUGUGGAGGCAAAGCCUCACUUGUAUGGGUUGAAGGACCCAGGAAUCAGCCUGGAGUCCCCACCUGGAUUGGAGGACCAGAUCACCUCCUGGUCACCUCUUCUUGGGGGCCUCCACUACUGGCUAGCUUUUUUCCAGGGCUCACCCAUCCCUCCACUCCUUUAGUGCCUUGAAUCUCAUUUGCAAGCAGCUCCUCUAUCCUUUGCCCCCAAGUAAUUUCCUCGCCCUCAAUGUCUGCAAGACGGACAUCAGAUCCACCCCCACAGAACUGUCUAAUGGUGCUGUCCAGGCGCCAUCACUACAUUGGGGUUGGUUUCUCCACACUCCCUCGUCUUCAGAAUAUAAAGGGUAGGGAUUGAGACUGUCACAUGUAGCCCCAGCACAGUGCGGGGCUGAGGCCUGCUUAAUGUUAAAAAUGACUACACUAGACCAAAGGGCAUGCAGCAAAUGAGGCAUCAGUGUGGUUGGUUCAGAUGUGAACCAUGUCUCAGGGCAGACGCUGGAGCUGCUAUGUUUAGUAAGUUGUAUGUGCCUUGUAACACCCCCUGCCUGAGUACUUAGCCUCUGGCAGAAGGUGCUGGGGGUCAAGGAGGAACCCUACCUUCUGGUGCCUGCCCCCCUCUCUAGCCCACAGGCCCACCGGCCCACCGUCUGUGGGUUCCUUAUCAACCAUGCUUGCUUCUCCUAAGUUAUUUAUAAAGAGGAAUCACUAAUGGAGUCUGUGAUCGAGUGCUGCUGAACUGGAUGAGCGAUUGCCUGUAUGUUCGUGUAAUUAAUUGCCAUUAAUAAACGAUGAGUUCCGUGGUGUGUCUCUGAUGA